GAAUCUUUGUUGACCGCAAUCAGUGUCAGAGCACAAUUAUUUUUCAAUAGUUCUUUAUAUAUUCUUGAUAUUGUAGGCUAGGCCUACUUUAAUUGAGAUCACAAUGUUCGACAACAUCGACUGGUUAUACAGCUUGGAUUGUACAUGGAUCUCAUCACUCUUUUUGUAACACAACAAUACAACCGAAGUUCUCCCAUAAAAUAUCGCGAGAAACGCUCUAAGCUUCAUUUUUCCACGUGUAUUGUGUUAUGCAUUGACGACUAAUAGUCAGCAGCAAUAAGAGGAGUGCACUUGGGUUGACCCGUACCGAAAGAGUUUGUAAAACCAAAAACCAAGUUCGUUGACAUGGGAACACAGCUACCAUCUUCGAUCCCCGGUUUGAGAGACUUCGUCAGUGAUUCGGAGAGGUUUCAGGACGUCUUCGAGACGGCUUUCUUGCCCAACAAUGACGGUGUGCCCAAACUGGAAAGAUGGUUCGAAAAGGACUUCGAGCAGGAGGUCGUGGUCAAGAUGACAAAGUCUUUCCCGACCGAUGAGGAACUUCGUUUGCUUGGGAUCGGCACGGGAAACGGAAGGACGGAUAUAAUGAUGCUUGAGAAGUUUCUUCGUCAUUUCCCGAAAAUCCAUUACACCGUAGUAGAACCAGAUCAGCCUGCUUUCCAGGAGUUCAAAGAUACAGUUGAGAAAAGUUCAAACCUCUCAAACGUCAGCUUUGACUGGCAAAACACGACUAUCGAAGGAUACUGGAAAAAUUCCGAGGAUUCUCAGGAGUUUGACUUUAUUAGUAUGGUACAUACUGCGUACUAUCUGGAGGAUGUCGGGAUGACCAUGGACCGUCUGCUAGCAUCCUUGACCGUAGGGGGCGCUAGUCUUUUUGUUCACAAAUCAGGAGAGAACAAGACCUCGGAAUUCGCCCACCAGUUACCGUGGAUUUCCAAACCUUCCCAUAUGUCGCCGGGACGUCGCAUCCUGGACGCUGCUCGUCGUGCAAAUCAACGUCGACUUCGUGUCACCCCAUUUCCAGCCGUCAUCGACAUCACCUCCGUCUUCGAUGCCGCGUCCGACGUCGGGCCCAAACUGAUGGACUUUUUAACCCAAGGUGCCCACUUCUGCCAAACAGCGUCUGAAGACGUCUUGAAAGCUACAAUGGACAUUCUGAGAUCGUUGACCACGAAGAGCGAUGACGGCGAGAGAGUGCUGAUAAGUAAUGAUUUUGAAAUUAUAGAGAUAUGGAAAGACCCUUCUUCGUAAGUUUAUUUUCAGUGAUUCCCCAGAGAUCCAUAUUAAGACCAGGGGCGGGUCCAGAAUUUUCGAAAGGGGGGGGGGCAAUUUUUUGCUAAAAAAAUUGACUAGCAAAAAAAGGGCCUUCAAGUUGAAAAGAGGGGGCACAUCUUUGUUUUCAUGGUAUUUUUACAUUACAAAUUUUUAAUUUUGCUUCUCAAAAGGGGGGCACAUGCCCCCCCUGGAUCCGCGCCUGACUAACACAGUGUUUUACUAAGAAAGUAUUGUACAUUUUCGUGACAAAAGUCACAUUUAUGUGACAACUAUGAUUGUUUCUAAUGUAUUAUAGAAUGUAUGUUGGGACGAAAUGUUACAAUAAUCAAGAUGCCCUUUUCAUUAAGGAAUUUAUUACUGUUUAUAUACAUUCUAAAAACAAAUCAGUCAAAAAUGACAAGUUAAUAGGGUCAGCUGGGAGCAAUUGUUAUUCUAGUCAUAUUUGACCAUUUUGUAGUCACAUUUUACUAGAAUAGAGUUAUUUCUGACUAGAAUAUAUGUCAGAAAUGUGAAUAUCAGUGAUUGCCAUAUCAGUUGCUCCCAGCUGACUACU